GCCGUGGCUGCGUCACCCCACAGUCGGACUCGGAGCGUUGCAUAGCGAACCGCCUUGGCCGAGCACAAACGCUUUUUUCUUCUAAGUCGUUUUUUUAAGAAAAUCUUCUUACAAAAUGAGGGAAUGCAUCUCCGUUCACAUCGGUCAAGCCGGCGUACAGAUUGGCAACGCCUGCUGGGAGCUGUACUGCCUCGAGCAUGGAAUCCAGCCUGAUGGUCAGAUGCCGUCAGAUAAGACCCUCGGCGGUGGAGACGACUCCUUUAACACGUUCUUCAGCGAGACCGGCGCGGGAAAGCACGUGCCACGAGCUGUCUUUGUUGAUUUGGAACCAACUGUAGUCGACGAGGUUCGUACCGGCACUUACCGUCAACUGUUCCACCCCGAGCAGCUCAUCACUGGCAAAGAGGAUGCUGCCAAUAACUAUGCCCGAGGACACUAUACCAUUGGCAAGGAGAUCGUAGACGUAGUUUUGGACAGGAUCAGGAAGCUGGCGGACCAAUGCACAGGGCUUCAGGGUUUCCUCGUGUUUCACUCGUUCGGAGGUGGAACCGGCUCCGGAUUCACAUCACUUCUGAUGGAGCGUCUCUCCGUUGACUACGGAAAGAAGUCCAAGCUUGAGUUUUCCAUCUAUCCUGCUCCACAGGUGUCCACAGCGGUAGUGGAACCUUACAACUCGAUCCUGACCACCCACACCACCCUCGAGCACUCGGACUGCGCGUUCAUGGUGGACAAUGAAGCCAUCUACGACAUCUGCAGACGCAACUUGGACAUCGAGAGGCCUACGUACACUAACCUGAAUAGACUUAUUGGACAGAUCGUGUCGUCAAUAACCGCUUCGCUUCGCUUCGACGGCGCGCUGAACGUGGACCUGACGGAGUUCCAGACGAACCUGGUGCCGUACCCGCGCAUCCACUUCCCGCUCGCCACGUACGCGCCCGUCAUCUCCGCGGAGAAGGCCUACCACGAGCAGCUAACGGUCGCCGAGAUCACCAACGCGUGCUUCGAGCCCGCCAACCAGAUGGUGAAAUGUGACCCGCGUCAUGGAAAAUACAUGGCUUGUUGUAUGCUGUACAGAGGAGACGUUGUGCCGAAGGACGUGAAUGCGGCUAUCGCAACCAUCAAAACCAAGAGAACCAUCCAGUUCGUGGACUGGUGCCCAACUGGUUUCAAGGUGGGCAUCAAUUACCAACCCCCAACAGUGGUGCCGGGCGGAGACCUCGCCAAGGUGCAGCGCGCCGUGUGCAUGUUGUCCAACACAACCGCCAUCGCCGAGGCGUGGGCCAGAUUGGACCACAAGUUCGACUUGAUGUACGCUAAGCGCGCAUUCGUGCACUGGUACGUGGGUGAGGGUAUGGAGGAGGGGGAGUUCUCCGAAGCCCGCGAGGACUUGGCAGCUCUAGAGAAGGACUACGAGGAAGUAGGCGUGGACUCCACUGAAGGGGAGUUGGACGAAGAAAAUGAAUAUUAAAGCGGGAUGAAGAACAGUCGAAGUGUCCUCGGCCGAAAGGAACCAAAUUCAUAUCGAUACUUGAAAUCGACUAUUUAAAUUAACGAUUGUGAUUUUUUUUCUUUAAAACUCCAAAUCGAUAUGGUUUUAUUAAAAAUCGAAUACGUUUUAUGUAUCGAAUUAUCGAUUAAAGUUUGGGUAUUAACAACAUCGCGAUCACUAACAUAUUUUUUUAAUCGUUAUUUCGGAUACCGUCGGCCGUUCUUUAAUAAUGAUCAAUUCUACGUAACGUUUUGUCAAUUUAAAAACAUAAGUUUUAACCGAUAUUUUUGUAUGUAAGUUUGAAUGUGUGCGUAACAGUGCAAAUAUUAAAUUAUCGAAUCAUCAUCUGGAUCUCUGGAGAAUUCGGCGUUAUUUGCAUUUAUUAAUUUUUACAUGUACAUUUAAAACGCAUCGUGAUAAUAAAAUAAUCCUUUACGGAAAUUAAGAUUAAGAUAUAACUUGUAUUACAUUAAGCUAAUUUAUUUGAAACUUUUUUUUUUUGCUUCUCAAAUAUAUGUAACUGUGUGCGAGAUAAUUUUGU